AUGGCUACAACAAUCACCAACGGUCGCGCAAAUGCGCUGCGGUCUCGAAACAUAGCACUCGUCAGCAUGGUCGCUGUCGUCACAUCAGGCUGGCUACUUUUCCGCGCCCAGUCCCCGAAUGGCAAAGAUGUUUUAUAUAGUGAGAAAGAGAAGCAGAUGAUGCAGGGCAGGUCAGGGUCAGGGGCUAUUGCCCGGGCGCCAUCGCGAGAGAGGGUAGAGAAGUCUUGA